AUGAACUACUUGUAUUCACAGGAGAGCCUGUGGAAUGCGACCGAGGGAUGCUCUGCAGGGCUCUUCAUACCUAGGACAUGCUCGUUUCUGACAUACAACGGAAAUGCUGUCAGACUCUGGAAGUACAGCUCCGGGCUGGUCUUAGUAAAGGAGCACAUGCUGCUUGAGAAGGUUUGCCAAGUAGAAAAGUACAGGAUAUCUUCCGAGCAAGACGGGCUGGUUCUCCUGUUCCACAGGGCUAAGAUUUCUCUUGCAAGGUUUGAUUCCCAGGCAAACGAGUUCAGAACAAUAUCACUCAAGUUCUUCGAGAAGGACGAGUUCGACAUCAGGGACGAGGACAUAGGGAAUGUUAGGAUAAGCGUUGACCUGGGGAUGUUUCAGAUGAGCAAGCGCCACUUUAGCAUCUUUCCGCUGUUUCCAGGUGCAUUCAGUGCAAAGGUCUUCAAGUUUAUAGAGAUAGAUGGGAAAAUCAAGAACCCGAUUGACUUCGUCUUCCUAGAGAACUACUCGAUUCCCACGGUAUGCCUUGUGUACGACUCUCUGCCCAGAAAGUACACGAUUCUAAGGAACUACAAUGCCAUAGUGUUUUCCAUCGAUCUAGGUGCCGGAAGGUUCCACGUUAUUGAUGAGUUCCUGGUUCCUCCAAGAACGUUCAGGGUGACCUGUGCAGGGCCUGUCCUGCUAUUUAUAUCGCACAACUCUAUAUUGAUAAGAUCCACAAGCAGCUCAUACACCAUUCCUCUGAACAGGAUGUCUGAGGCAUACGGAGGGAACAAGAUAGUCGAGGAUAUAGUCUUGUCUGACGUAAACUGCUUCUCAAGAGGAAAUGGAUGCCUGAUAUUCAAUGGGAACGGAGAUAGAUACAGGCUAAGGAUAUCGAUGGACAUAAAAAGGAUUAUAGGGGCAUCUCUGGAGUUUGAGGGGAAGGGCCCUGCGGUCAGCUGCGUGGGGCAUGUGAACAAUCUCCUGUUUGUUGGGUCUGUCGGUGACAGCUCGAGGGUGUUUGAGAUAAAGAGCCUUCUGCCCAGGGCCUCGGAGGGCGUGGGCCCUGAUGAAGGCGGUACUCUGUCUGACGAAUACUCGAAACUGUUUGGGAAUAAGGAGCAAGAGGUUAGGAGGCAGGACGAGGAGUAUGCCAAGCUCUUCAAUGCAGGGUCCGAAGCAAGGAGCGGUGAGGACUUCGCACUCCACGAGGUUGACGAGAUUCCAAAUAUCGGGCUUUUGAACGGAGUAGUCAUGAAGAGUGAUAGCGAGGCAGCAUUCGCUGUUGAAGGACUGGAGCCAUGUGUAUGCACCGUAAGCAGCACGAUUCCGCUUGAGAUAGUGAAGUCCCAGAAGAUAAGAAGAUAUUUAUACUGCUCAAGGGCUCUGGACUUCUACAUUCUAGGAAGAGUGUCUGAUACAAGGGUUUUCAGGUGGUCUGAAGAAGGUCUUUUGGAAGUUAGUGGAGAAUAUACCAGGAGCGUGAAUACACUACUUUUUGUGGAGUUUGGAAAUGAGGUGGUCCAGGUAACGCCCUCAUACUGCCUAAGGAUGGACCAAGACCUUAGGAUGUUAGGCAGAGUGGAGUUUGCUAGUAGAGCGAUUGAGGCGAGAACAGUCCGCGAUGGUCUAUUUCUUGCAGUAAGAGAUUCCGAGAAGAGGCUUACAUUCUAUGAUAGAGAGAUGAAUAUGGCUUUCAGCAUCCCCUCGGUCACAUGUUUUGCGGAUGCCAAGAAUAAGAUCUUUGUUCUUUCGGAUUACUCUCUGGGCAUCUUCGACAUAGACAAACGAAUAAGCCAGCUCCUCCCUUGCUCUGUUAAAGGCCUCCCGUAUGCCAUUAGAUUUUCUCCAGAAGCCUCUCCGGCCAUGGAUCUGGCGGGGGAGGAGGAUGACUCUGUUACAGAAAUAAGCAUGUCUCUGACAGACAACAAGAUUCUGAUGCUUUUCAGACUGAGGGGAAAUUACAUGGUUGCAUACGAAUCGUUGGACUUAAUGAAGCUCUUCGACAACAGCCUCUCUUCGGAGAUUGUGUUUUUCAAGACACAUCUUCCAAGGCAUGUUUCUUUCAAUCUGGCGCCCGACAUCAAGGCAUUCCACAGCGUGGGAGAUAUGGUGUUCAUAAAGGCGGUUCCACACAUGUUUAUGAUUCCAACAGAUAAGGGGCACUUUCUGUGCAGGAGCCGGUAUACGCUGAGCUCAAUAGCCAUGCACAGAGGCCAGUUGAUUCAGCUCUCUAAAGGAUACCUGAUGGUCUGCAAUGUCCUCGGCGUUGGAGCCAGCCAAUAUGUCUUCGGCAAUGGACUUGUAGGGAAAAAGAAUCGCGUCCUCAGAACCCCAAAGCAUAUUGAGUGUGCAGGCAGAUACAUGGUGGUGGGAUCGUGCGAAGAGGCUGGAUUCUCUCCAAAGGGCGAGAAGGACAGCGGCAUUCCCGUGGACACGUACAGAUUUUAUGUGGACCUAUACUCCGAAAAGUACGAACACAUAGAUACUUACGAGCUGGACGAAAAUGAAUAUGUCUUCCACAUCAAGUAUCUUAUUCUGGAUGACAUGCAGGGAAACUACGGCAAGUCGCCCUUUCUGCUUGUUUGCACAACAUUCAUCGAGGGAGAGGAUCGGCCCGCUCGGGGCAGGCUCCACGUGCUGGAAAUAAUAUCUGUUGUUCCGUCGCUGGAAAGCCCCUUCAAGGAUUGCAAGCUCAAGGUUCUUGGAAUUGAGAAGACCAAGGGAUCGAUUGUCCGGUGCGAAGAGGUCCGGGGGAAGAUUGCACUGUGCUUGGGAACAAAGAUAAUGAUAUACAAGAUUGACAGGAGCAGCGGCAUAAUACCUAUAGGCUUCUAUGACCUACACAUUUUCACCUCUUCCAUAUCUGUGGUGAAGAACUACAUCCUUGCAUCUGACAUCUACAGAGGACUCUCAUUCUUCUUUUUCCAGUCCAAGCCGAUCAGACUCCACCUGAUAAGUUCCAGCGAGCCGCUUCGGAAUGCUACGUCCACGGAGCUUCUCAGCACAGGCAAUGAGCUUUCGAUGCUGUGUUGCGACGCCAAAGGAACAAUCCAUGGAUACACCUACUCUCCAAACAACAUCAUAAGCAUGGACGGGGCAAGGCUUGUCAAGAGGGCAGAGAUAAAGACCAACCUGGGAAGGCUAUCCUCCUUCGGAGCAGGAUUCAAGAAGAACAGCAUCAUGUUCUACUCAAGAUCCAAUAUGCUGAUUCACGUGAGUGGAAUAGAUGACGCCCACUACCUUAAGCUUCUAGGGGUGCAAACAGCAAUCAUGGCACAUCUCAAGAGUGUGUUUGGGCUGAACCAAAGAGACUACCUGAACUCCGAUAUUCACCUGCACAGCUUGUCACUAAAGAGCCCAAUAGUCCUGCACAUCUUGAACUUGUUCAGUUACUUCGACAUGAGCACUCAAGAAUCGGUGUCGUCCUCUGCCAGAAUAGACAGAAAAGAAAUAUCUGACAUGAUUGCGUCUCUGAAUCUCCUUUGA